CAUUCGCGAUCGCCCUCAGCCAAGGCCUACCCAUUUUUUGUCAGUUUUGCUCUGAAUCUUGUGAUGUGAAAGUGUUGUUGAAAGGAAUACAGCAUUUAUUUUGCAGGUCGACAACGCAUGCAAACCUUUAACCUGAGAAGACGAAUCUCGGGCAAGUCCCACGUAUCAAAAUGGCGUCUGUGGAUGGAAGGCCAGCUCAGUAUGGGAUAUGCCUAAAACAGCUACGCGAGGUGAUGGAACUGCGAGGUCAAGAGGCCGUUGAUCAGUUACGUCAUUAUGGCGGAGUGCAGCAGAUGUGUAAAAAACUCUACACUUCACCCACAGAAGGAUUAUCCGGUUCGCCGAAGGACAUCGAACAUAGGCGGGAGACAUUUGGAUCGAACACGAUCCCACCUAAGUCGCCAAAGACCUUCUGGAGAUUGGUGUGGGAAGCGUUGCAAGAUCCCACCCUCAUCAUCCUUGAAGUCGCAGCUAUCGUCUCGUUACUAUUAUCAUUCGUACCUUCCACUAGUGGCGGUGAACUCGGCCAAGAGAAGAGCAUUGCUAUUCUUAUUUCCGUCAUAGUCGUCGUCUUGGUUACUGCCUUUAAUGAUUAUACCAUAGAGCACCUAUUCCAUGGGUUGCAGAACCGGAUCGAAGGCGAGCACAAAUUCGCCGUUUUGCGCGGAGGCGAGUGCAGCCAAAUAUUUGUCGGCGACAUAGUCGUCGGUGACAUCUGCCAAGUGAAAUAUGGAGAUUUGCUGCCGGCUGAUGGCAUUUUGAUUCAGAGCAAUGAUUUGAAGGUGGACGAGUCAUCGCUAACGGGCGAAUCGGAUCAUGUCAAGAAAAGCGAAUUGACGGAUCCAAUGCUUCUUUCCGGUACUCACGUCAUGGAAGGUAGUGGCCGGAUGCUGAUAACGGCCGUAGGCAUCAACUCCUAGGCUCGCAUCAUUUUUACUUUGUUAGGGGCUGCCGCUGACGACCAGAAAGCUGACGCAAAAAAACGGAAGAAAGGAGAUAGUAAGGAGGGGAAUGUCAGCAGCAGCAGCCACCAUAUGGAGGAUGGAGGAAACAACAUGGCGAGCAAACAGGAAGCAAUGGAUGCAUCCGUUGGUCCAACUAGUGAUGCUGCAGUAGAGGAAAAAAGGUCGAGUCAUAAAAACAAAUCUGUUCUACGAGCCAAACUGACAAAGCUGGCCAUUCAAAUUGGUUAUGCUGGUUCAGCGGUUGCCAUAUUAACGGUUAUCAUAUUGAUAACGACCUUUUGUAUAAAGACUUUUAUCUACGAACACGAGUCAUGGAAAAACGAGUAUUUCAAUAACUUUGCAAAGUUUUUUAUCAUCGGUAUCACCGUUUUGGUCGUCGCCGUCCCUGCGGGUCUUCCCCUAGCCGUAACUCUAUCUCUGGCGUACUCUGUUAAAAAAAUGAUGUUAGACAACAACUUGGUGCGGCAUUUGGCUGCCUGCGAGACGAUGGGCAAUGCAACUACAAUCUGUUCAAAUAAAACGGGAACUCUGACAACAAACAGGAUGACGGUUGUUGCCUGCUAUGUCGGAGGACAACACUACAAAUCCAUCCCGGACUAUGACUCGCUUCCACCGCAAGUGGCCAACCUUGCCCUUCAAGCCAUCUCGAUCAAUAGUGCUUACACCUCAUGCAUUUUGAAUGGGGAGUUACCUAAUGAACCCAUUAAGCAGGUGGGCAAUAAAACGGAAUGCGCUUUGCUCGGUAUUGUGCUGGAUUUGAAAAAACCCUAUCAGGCCAUUCGUGACGAGCAUCCAGAAGAAUCUUUCCAUCGCGUCUACAACUUCAAUUCGAGCCGCAAGUCGAUGAGUACCGUCAUUGCUCGUGAAGGAGGCGGAUACCGCGUCUUUACCAAAGGUGCAUCUGAGAUGGUGCUGAAAAGGUGCGCCUUCAUCUAUGGCGCCAAUGGAAAAUUAGAGGAGUUUUCUCAUGAAAAUCAGGAAGAACUCGUACGAAACGUCAUUGAGCCGAUGGCGUGCGAUGGUCUGCGUACAAUCGCCGUUGCAUACCGGGAUUUUGUACCAGGCGAAGCCGAAAUCAACCAAGUCCAUUACGACAACGAACCCAACUGGGAUGAUGAGGAUUCAAUCAUUAAUAAUCUAACCUGCAUACUCAUAGUCGGCAUUGAAGAUCCUAUUCGACCUGAGGUUCCAGAGGCCAUUCGACAGUGCCAACAUGCGGGCAUUACUGUGCGCAUGGUGACAGGUGACAACGUGAACACGGCUCGAUCCAUCGCCAUCAAGUGCGGCAUCGUCACACCCGGAAUGGACUACGUUAUUAUCGAUGGGAAAGAAUUUAAUCAACGCAUUCGGGACUCUAAUGGCGAGGUCCAACAACACUUGCUUGAUCAAGUGUGGCCCAAACUACGAGUGUUGGCCCGCUCCUCACCCACGGACAAAUACAAUCUAGUCAAGGGAAUUAUUGACAGCAAGAUAUCCGGUAACCGAGAAAUAUUGGCAGUGACAGGAGACGGUACUAACGAUGGCCCGGCUCUCAAGAAAGCUGACGUCGGAUUUGCAAUGGGUAUUGCUGGAACGGAUGUGGCCAAAGAAGCGUCCGACAUUAUCUUGACGGAUGACAACUUUAGUAGUAUCGUUAAGGCCGUUAUGUGGGGUCGCAACGUUUACGACUCUAUCGCCAAGUUCUUGCAGUUUCAGUUGACCGUCAAUAUUGUAGCCGUCAUUGUUGCUUUCCUCGGUGCUUGCUUUAUUCAAGAUUCUCCGUUGAAACUUGUCCAGAUGUUAUGGGUCAACCUCAUCAUGGACACGUUAGCCUCUCUAGCUCUUGCCAUUGAAAUGCCCACCACCGACCUGCUUAUGCGCAAACCUUAUGGUCGCACCAAACCGCUCGUCUCUCGUACUAUGAUAAAAAAUAUCAUUGGACAAGGCAUAUACCAGUUGACAGUCAUUUUCACUCUCUUAUUCGUCGGCGAGAAAUUUUUGGACAUUGAUUCGGGUCAAUACAGAACCGAUUCCGAGCCCACACAGCAUUUUACCAUCAUCUUCAACACUUUUGUGAUGAUGACAUUGUUUAACGAAAUCAACGCCAGAAAGAUUCACGGCCAGCGUAACGUCUUCGAAGGCAUUUUCACAAACCCCAUUUUUUAUUGCAUCUGGAUAGCUAACGCGGGUGCACAGGUGCUUAUUGUGCAAUUUGGUGGUCAUGCGUUUUCAACAGUCCCACUUACGAUCGCCCAAUGGGCUUGGUGCAUCUUUUUCGGCGUAGGAACUCUUGUAUGGUACCAAGUGGUGACGACGGUUCCCACCAAGAAGAUACCCAAGUGCUUCUCGUAUGGUUACUUUCAUUUUCAAUCCAAAAGUGCAUUGAAUCACCCUUGAUUCUUUUCAAUCUUUCAAUUUUUCAACUGUUAUGCCUUACAAAGUCCCUUCCGACCCUUGUAACUUAUUCAUUAUUUUAGGUUUACAUCUUUCGCUUCGCCGUAAUGUCCUGUUCCGUCCAUCGAUUUGAAAGCCAAGAGAUAACAAACUUUUUGUUUAGCAUAGGCACACAAUUUAUUGGUACAUUGAACUGAGCGGCUUGCAUUAAAACAAUCCGUUCGUAACUCGAAUCAAUAAAUGAUUAAACGGUAAAA